AGUAAACCUCAAGCUAUUACGACUUUAUCUAAGACUAGUUUGGGAACCCAGCUUGGCCUGGAAUUUCAACUUUCGCUACAUAUUUUUAAACCAAGAGAUCUAGUUAUGCUUGGAACUGUUCCUCUUCUUCUUCUAGUUCUCUCAUCUUCAUAUGCAGCAGAACUCAGUCGCCUGCUUGGGUAUGACCCAGCGGAUGAGUACAUGAGUGUACUUCCUGACCCCUUGGCAGGGUACAGGCAGAGAGUGAAGAGGUUUGGAGCGGGUAAGGCCUUCUAUAAAAUUGACAAUCCUUGUCCUGCCUUCGAACCCUUCAGAUGUCCUGAGGAGGGAAAAUGUAUCUCCAUCCAGUAUCUCUGUGAUGGAGCUCCUGAUUGCUCUGAUGGAUAUGAUGAGGAUCCAAGAUUAUGUACAGCAGCUCGACGGCCCCCUGUGGAAGAAACUAGUAGUUUCCUAAAAUCUCUGCUAGCUUCCCAUGGUCCAGACUAUCUAGAGAAACUUUUCGGAUCCAAGGCUAGGAAUAAUUUGGCUGCCCUUGGAGGAGUUGAUUACGUAGCAAUUGCUCUUUCAGAAUCUCAAACUAUUGAAGAUUUCGGACACACUCUUCAGCUACCUAGAGCUGAUAUUGAACACCUGAGGUCCGUGUUUAUGGCUGUAGAGAACGGGGAUAUAGGGAUGCUCAAAUCCUUAGGAAUCAAGGAUUCCGAGUUAGGCGACGUAAAAUUCUUCCUAGAAAAACUAGUUAACACUGGAUUCCUGGACUAGACCGAUCAGGUUAGGAGCGUGAAAACCAAUGGAAGAUUAAAUACAAGAUACUUUCUCUAUGUAGUAUUAUGAAAACCCAGCUUUUCAUUUUCAAACUUUACCCUUUACUAUUAUACUGUAAUAUUCGAUGAAUAAAUUAUCAUCAUUUUUA